CGCCAGCGAGCCGUCUUGCGUCCCGGGGGUCCUGCCGGGGCCGAUGAUAGUUGGGCGUCGAUACCCUCCUCACGUUUUUCUUUCAGGUUCCGGGGGCGAGUUUGGUUCCUGUGUGUCCGCUCCUAGCGGGGGUGUCUUGGAGAAAACGGAGCCGGGGGUGAUGGCGCCGUCACGUCUCGAGACCCUCUCCUGACGACUCCGUCGCGCGGGGGGGAUGUGGACACUUGCGGGUCAGGGCUGGUGGCGGGGACGCGCGCUCGCGGCCUGGGCCGCCCAGGCGGCGCGUCGGGGGCUGCCCGGGUCUCGUCCCGCGCCGACCCGGGGAGUCGCAGCCGAGGCCGAGGCUCCGGGCAGGAGCUACAGCUCUGCGGACCGCAAGGAAAAAAUUGACAUGUCUAGAUUCCCUGUUGAAAACACUAGAAAUUUCAGUAUCAUUGCACAUGUGGAUCAUGGCAAAAGUACUUUAGCUGACAGGCUCCUAGAACUAACAGGGGCAAUUGAUAAAACAAAAAAUAAUAAACAAGUUCUUGAUAAAUUGCAAGUGGAACGAGAAAGAGGAAUCACUGUUAAAGCACAGACAGCAUCUCUCUUCUAUAAUUGUGAAAGAAAGCAGUACCUUUUAAAUCUCAUCGAUACACCGGGCCAUGUUGAUUUUAGUUAUGAAGUAUCCAGGUCACUCUCUGCUUGCCAGGGUGUUUUACUUGUGAUUGAUGCAAAUGAGGGUAUUCAAGCCCAAACUGUAGCCAACUUCUUUCUUGCCUUUGAAGCACAGCUAUCGGUAAUUCCAGUUAUAAACAAGAUAGAUCUGAAGAAUGCUGAUCCUGAAAGGGUUGAAAAACAAAUUGAAAAGGUGUUUGAUAUUCCAAGUGAUGAAUGUAUUAAGAUUUCUGCUAAACUUGGAACGAAUGUUGAAAGUGUUCUUCAUGCAGUCAUCAAAAGAAUACCUCCCCCUAAAGCACAUCGCAAAAAUCCCCUGAGAGCUUUGGUAUUUGACUCCACCUUUGACCAGUAUAGGGGUGUGAUUGCCAAUGUAGCAUUAUUUGAUGGAGUGGUUUCCAAAGGAGAUAAAAUUGUAUCUGCACAUACUCAAAAGACAUAUGAAGUUAAUGAAGUAGGAGUUCUGAAUCCUAAUGAGCAGCCAACUCAUAAACUAUAUGCAGGACAGGUGGGCUAUCUGAUUGCUGGGAUGAAAGAUGUCACUGAAGCACAAAUAGGAGAUACAUUAUAUUUACAUAAACAACCAGUGGAACCCUUGCCUGGGUUUAAAUCAGCGAAGCCAAUGGUAUUUGCAGGAAUGUACCCUAUAGACCAAUCUGAAUAUAAUAACCUGAAGAGUGCUAUAGAAAAACUGACUCUAAAUGAUUCCAGUGUGACAGUUCAUCGGGAUAGUAGCCUUGCCCUAGGUGCUGGCUGGAGGUUAGGAUUUCUUGGACUUUUGCAUAUGGAAGUUUUCAACCAGCGACUUGAGCAAGAAUAUAAUGCUUCUGUUAUUUUGACAACCCCUACUGUUCCAUAUAAAGCUGUUCUUUCAUCAGCAAAAUUGAUAAAGGAAUAUAGAGAAAAGGAAAUUAUAAUCAUCAAUCCUGCACAAUUCCCUGAUAAGUCAAAAGUAACAGAAUAUUUGGAGCCAGUUGUUUUGGGCACCAUUAUCACACCGGAUGAAUAUACUGGAAAAAUAAUGAUGCUUUGCCAGGCUCGAAGAGCAGUUCAGAAGAAUAUGAUGUAUAUUGAUCAAAAUAGAGUAAUGCUUAAAUAUCUCUUCCCUUUGAAUGAAAUUGUGGUGGAUUUUUAUGAUUCUUUGAAAUCUCUGUCUUCUGGAUAUGCUAGUUUUGAUUAUGAAGAUGCAGGCUACCAGACUGCAGAACUUGUAAAAAUGGAUAUUCUACUGAAUGGAAAUAUUGUAGAAGAGCUAGUAACUGUUGUACACAAAGACAAAGCACACUCUGUUGGCAAAGCUGUAUGUGAACGUCUGAAGGAUUCUCUUCCUAGGCAGCUGUUUGAGAUAGCAAUUCAGGCUGCUCUUGGAAGUAAAAUCAUUGCAAGAGAAACUGUGAAAGCCUAUAGGAAAAAUGUUUUGGCAAAAUGCUAUGGUGGUGAUAUUACCCGAAAAAUGAAACUUUUGAAGAGGCAAGCAGAAGGAAAGAAAAAACUAAGGAAAGUUGGCAAUGUUGAAGUUCCAAAAGAUGCUUUUAUAAAAGUUCUGAAAACACAAUCUGAUAAAUAAUUGAUAAGAAAACUGAGGCACAGAUAUUCUGUAACUUGCACAAGGUCUUGGUAAGGCUACUGUGUAAACAAGAGGUCUGAUUCCAGCAUCCAUAUCCUUAACAACUACAAUAAGACAUAUAUGACUUUUAAUUGAGAAGUUAAGAAGAAAUACCUGGAAAAUCAGAAAUUGAAAAGAACUGCUCUCAGAAUAUAAUUUGACAUUGAUAAUAUGAUUAUUUCUACUCUAUCUGUUCCACUAUUCUCAAGGAAAGUAUUUCUCAUAUGUGAAAAAGCUGAGUAGCCCUAUGUGAAAUCAAAUAUUAAGAAUAAGCAGAAAAGAAAAGGGGACAUUUCAGACAGUUAUGGGGUGGUCAAUAAAAAGCUAGAAAUUUGGUAAGGCUGGAGCAUAGGGAAAUGACAGGAGGUGGCUGAAAACUGAAAUUUGAUAAUACAGAGCAUCUAAUGCCAGACAAAGAGGCUAGAUAUCACCUUGUGAUGAAGUAGCAGGGAAUCAAAGACUCUACACAGAUGAGUAAUAACUAAACUGUGAAAAAAAAGUUCAGAGCUGUAAUACAGAGAACAGGAUAAGUAAAGAAUGGAGACAGCCAUGAUUUAGGAUGGGUUUGCAAUAAUUCUUAAAAAAAAAAACUGAUAGACCAGAAGUAAGGCAUUCCCAGGGAGGGCUGGAUCCUUAUUUAUCUCUAAGUUAAAUGGUGGAAUGUGGUGACUGAUUAGAUGUGAAGAAGCUGAGAAUGACACAGGUUUCAAGCUCAGAUAAUUUUCAUGGAGAGAGUGCUGCUAUUCACCAAAGGAGGAAAAGACAAUUUUGGUAGAAAGAUGAAUUUAAAUUUUGAACAGUUUAAGUAUAAGGAGUCAGCUGGAAAUAUGAAAUCUGCAGCUUCACAAAAAACUGGCUAAAGAUAUGUAUCGGUAGUUAUCACUGUACUGAGUGCAGUUGAUCUUUUUAGAACAGUACUAAAUCUACUGAGAACAGUGUUCCAAAGUGUGACUGCUACUGACGUGUUAAUUAAAAAAACAAAAACAAGCACAGAAAAAUGGUCAUAUAGAAGACUGCCCAGAAGUAUGCAUAGUGAAUAUACAGUGCCAGGAGAUGAAACCCUAGGGAACACCAACAUUCAAAAGGUAGACGGAGGAAGAAGAGCCAGGGAAGCAGACUGAGAAAGAAUGGUCAGAGAGGAAGAAGAAUAAUGGUAGAGUUUUAUGAUGCAAGAAAUAGUUCAUAGAAAUAGAUGAUGAAAAGAGGCCCAGUAGGAUAAGACCUGUAGAAAAGAUGACGGUUUUAAAUCACUGGUGACUUCUGUGACAUUCAGUAAGUCAACAAAAUCAAAAGCAGAUUUUUAAGUUUUACUGGUUUUUCCUUAUGUUAUCACAAGAAUAAAUAAUCAAAUUAUUAUAAUUAUAUAUAGCAAGUCUAAAGAUGCUAUAGUAAUUAAAGAUAAUUUGUCUUUUCUUUUGAAAUUACCUUUAAAAUAUAAAGCAUUAUCUUUAAAUAUAUCAGUAAAAACAAAUUUUAAUCCUUUGAGUGUAAAUGUCACUUCUGUCAAACAGCCAAGUCAAUAAAAAUCAGAUAUGGUGGUUCAGGUAGGUAGCCUAACUGUGGAUAGAACCAACUUUGCCCGAAGUGAAUUAUGGGCAAAAGUAAUUCAUUCAAACUAUUCCCAAUAGUUACUGAAUACCUGUUAUGUGACAGGCAGCAUACUGCACUAGAUAUACAUGACCCAUAAAUGCUUGGAGAUUAUAAAUUAGUGAGGAAAAGAUAUUAAACAACUAAACACAUGAAAACAAUUAUAAACUGCAAAAAGUGCUAUAAAUGAAAAGAACAAUGUGGUAAAAAGAGAAUAAAAGAAAACAAUGUAGUAAAAGAGAAUAAAAGAAUAAAAGAGGAUUAUGGUCAGAAAAGGGAACUCUGAAAGCUGAAAACUCAGUGGUGUCAUUUUAGCUAAGUAGACAAACAGAACAUUUCACAGUUAAUAUCAGUGUAAGGCCUCAAGGCAAGGAAGGAGUAAAAAUUGAGGGCAGUGGCUUGUGUGGUUCAUUAUCUAGUGGACAGUUCCAAAAUCCUAAGAAACCUGUAAUAAUUUCCGGGUUGUCACUUACAGGGUGUAUACAGGAGGUCCUCAUUAUCUAAGUUACCAAAAUGUGAAGAUACUUAUUGAUGCACUGACCACUUAAAGAUUUAUCUCCCAUUCAAACCUACUUUCCAAUGAACAGUGGCAUCUACCCCACACAUGGAUUCAAACUUUAAAUAUAUUUGUGGUUAUUGAAAAUGACAUUGAAGAACAGCUCACAUCACAGUUAAAACCACUGGCAGAUGAAAAUCUGUACACAUUAAAAUUGAAGAUAAAGUCAUUAAGUAUAAUGAUGUGAUACUUGUUUCAAAAGAAUGCUAUGAAAAAUCUAGCAGCACUAUUUACAACAGCCAAGACAAUGGAAACAACCCAGGUGUCCAUCAAUAGAGGAUUGGUUUAAGGAGAUAUGGGGCUUAUGCAUGAAAACACACACACACACACACACACACACACACACACACACACACACAAUGGAAUAUUACUCAGCCAUAAAAAGGACUGAAAUAUUGCCAUUUGCAGCAACAUGGAUGAACCUAGAGUAUCAUACGAAGUGAAGUAAGUCAAUAAAGAGAAAGACAAAUAUAUCACCUAUAUGUGGAGUCUCAAAAACAAUACAAAUUAACCUAUAUAAAACAGAAAUGGACUCAGAAAGAAAACAAACUUAUGGCUAUCAAAGGGAAAGGGGGAUAAGUUAGGAGUAUGGGAUUAAAAGGUAAAAACUAUAUGUAAAAGAUAAGUAACAAGGAUUUACUGUAUAGCACAGGGAACUGCAGUCAAUAUUUUGUAUAACCUAAAAUGGAAAAUAACCUGAAAAAAAAAAAUAUAUAUAUAAUUGAAUCACUGCUGUACACUGGAAACUAACACAAUAUUGUAAAUCAACUAUAAUUUAAAAAAAUGCUAUUAUAAAGCAUGAAAGCCCUUGUAAAAAUGAUGAAACCCUAGUAGUUUUGCCAUAAUUUUCUUUACAAUCAUGUUGGGAAUGAAUACUAUGAGGUGAAUGGCAUCAUAUAAUUUUGUUGAAAAAAACUGAACAAAAGAAAAAAAAUCAAUGUUUGAAUAAUUCUGUUGAUUCUAAGAAUUAGCAUGAGUUGCAUUAUAACUUUCAUCUUGUUAAAUGUAACUUUUUGCAAAACUUUCAGUUUCAUAUUUUAGAACUAAGACUGCUUUAAAUUUUUUUUCAAUUUAUCUACUAUGAACUUUCAGUCCUUAAAAGGUCUUUUUUCCAUGAAAAACUCCUAGAUUUUGAAUGACAGUUCUAUUUGUGUAUUCAAGUCUAGAUAUAUUUACAUCAAGAUCAGUUACUUAUACACCAUACCAUGUCUGUACUCUUUCCUCUGAACUUGUCCAGUCCUGCUGCCAGAAAGGAAUGGAGUUUUGGAUUUCCAUGUAACUUAACCACUUAUAAUCAUAAGCUGACUAUAAUUUUGUCUGUUAUUCUCAGGGCAGGAAAUAACAGCCCAAUUAAAAACUAAAACAUUAGGAGUCUAGUGUUCAGAGCUCUUGCCUUCUUAAACACACCAAAUUUAGAAUCAAUCCAGCCCUAGAGGGGUUCUUUUUCCACUGGAAACCAACUGAGCUAUCCUACAGUCAAGAAGCACAUUACACUAAAGUAUCCUAAGAUCAAAAGCAGUUUAAUGUUAAUUAGGACUGCAUCUUUGUUGCAAAAGUCCUUCACAAGACUAUAGGAUCAGUGUGAUUUUAGGACCUCAAACUGUGAAACAAGAAGAGGCAAGUGAAGCAGUACCCCAAAAGAGGUGUGCCUAAUUUUUAGUUUCCAGCCUCAAAGACUUAAUUUACUUGAAUUCUAAACAUGGCAAUAAGCCUGACAGAGAUUACUGAAAGCUAGACAAUUUAUACUGCACAUAGGAUUAAACCAAAAUUGCACUUAUUUGAUACCACAGUUUCUCCAAAAUCUAUAGACAUCAAAGGAAAAACAUCAAAGAACGUUUAAUUCUUACUUCUCUA